AUGUCUCAACCAACUGAAUCAGUCAUCAUCAUCGGCGCCGGAAUUGUUGGUUCAGCCGUAUCUUAUUUUAUCUCCCAAUCUUCAACCCCAAGAGCCAUAACCCUAAUCGACCGUUCAUUCACUAGUCUUCUUGGUUCAUCUGGAAUAGCACCUGGAUUCAUCGGCCAAUUCAAUGAAUCCGAGAUCCUCACCAAACUUGCAAUCGAUACUGUCUCGGAAUACGUCAAAAUUCCCGGUGGUUUCGACAGAGUUGGUGGUUUAGAGAUUGCAUUCCAAGAUGAGGGUAUUCAACGACUCAAAUCGAGAUGUGAGGAUGCGAAUAAGCUUGGGCUUGACGCUAAGAUGUUGAGUAUUAGGGAGGCGCAUCAACUUGCCCCAGAGUUAGUCAAUGAGGAUGGCAAAGGGCAGGCGGUCUUUUUCGAGAGGGAUGGGACAGCAAAUGCCGCGAGAAUAACAACUUGGUAUCAACAAGAGGCAAGGAAGUGUGGAGUCAACUUCGUGGAAGCCGACGUAAAGCAACUCGCCAUCUCGGACGGCCGCGUCACAGGAAUUGAGGUCGCUGAGAACGAGACAUCGCGUCAUCUCACUGCCGAUAAAGUCAUCAUCACAACUGGAAUCUGGACCCAAGGUCUCUCAUCGAACCUCCCAUUCCCUGUCCCCGUCAUCCCCGUCGGUCAUCCCUACAUGCACGCCCAACCUCACGAACCACUUCCUCACAAGAAUUCCUUCGUUCGCUGGCCGGAACAUCAUGUGUACGCUCGCGAUCACGGUGCAAAUUUCGGCAUCGGAAGCUAUGAUCACGCACCCAUUGGAUACAAACCAGAUACUUCGGCUAAAGGAGAAUGGGUUGAUUGGUUCAAGCAACCUCUCGACCUUGCUACAGGUUUACUUCCUCCUGCUGCAGCCCGAGAAUUUCAAAAUGGGAAUUAUUUCAACGGAGUGUUUAGUAUGACGCCGGACAAUAUGCCCCUUGCUGGAAGGGUUCAGUCGGUCGACGGGCUGUUCAUGGCGGUUGCAGUCUGGGUUACGCAUGCCGCUGGUACAGCCAAGUUUCUGACAAGGAUCAUUGAUGGAGAAGAAGUCAGAGGCAAGACAAAAGAGGCUCUUGAUCCUGAGAGAUUUAAGGGACAAGACUUUGCGGAGUUGGAAGAGAAGUCGUUGACGGGCUACAAUUCUAUUUACAAAACCGUUAAGUCAGGCUCGACUUAG